ACUGCGGAAGAAGCAGGCCCGCCGCCCCUAAUGUUGUUGUCAGGCGGGGGAGCGGUCCCCGGGCCCCCCGGAGGAGGUGGUGGAGGAGGAGGAGGAGGUGGGAAUAGCCGUGUGGAGCUGCUGGUGUUCGGCUAUGCCUGCAAGCUGUUUCGAGAUGAUGAGAAGGCUCAGUACCAGGAGCAGGGGCGACACCUUAUUCCUUGGAUGGGAGACCCCAAGAUCAUGAUCGAUAGGUAUGAUGGGCGUGGUCACCUACAUGACCUUUCUGAAUAUGAUGCUGAAUAUUCCACGUGGAACAGAGAUUAUCAAUUGUCUGAAGAGGAGGCUAGAAUAGAAGCCCUCUGUGAUGAAGAGAGGUAUUUAGCCUUGCAUACGGACUUGCUUGAGGAGGAGGCGAGGCAAGAGGAGGAAUAUAAAAGACUGAGCGAAGCUUUGGCAGAGGAUGGUACCUAUAAUGCAGUGGGGUUCAGUUAUGGCAGUGAUUAUUAUGACCCUUCAGAACCCACUGAAGAAGAGGAGCAUCAGCCUGCAAAACAAAGAGAAACAGCUCAGACAGAAAAUGUAGAAGAAAAUGAAGAACCUUUUGUUGCCCCUCCGGGACUGAACGUACCUUCUGAUGUGGAGCUGCCACCAACAGCAAAAAUGCAUGCGAUUAUAGAACGAACUGCAAACUUUGUCUGCAAGCAGGGAGCACAGUUUGAGAUUAUGCUGAAAGCCAAGCAAGCACGCAACUCCCAGUUUGACUUCUUGCGGUUUGAUCACUACCUCAAUCCCUACUACAAAUUCAUUCAGAAGGCCAUGAAGGAGGGACGAUACGCCGCUCCUUCCGAAAACAAAGCCGACGAGAAGAAACACUCAAGAGUCAAAUCUGAGGAAGAAGAUGAUGAUGAUGACGACGAUGAUGGAAAUUAUCUGCAUCCAAGUCUCUUUGCGUCUAAAAAAUGCAGUCGGCUUGAAGAGCUCAUGAAGCCUUUGAAGGUGGUAGACCCUGAUCAUCCACUUGCAGCACUGGUGCGCAAAGCACAAUCAGAUAAUAACUCAUCCACACCACAGUCAACAGAUGGGGCAGCUGUACAGACAUCACAGGCAGAAUACUCUUCUGAUUCAACUGUGGCAGCCAUGUAUUAUAGUUACUAUAUGCUUCCUGAUGGAACCUAUUGCCUCGCACCUCCACCUCCAGGAAUAGAUGUUGCCACCUAUUACAACGCGUUGCCUGCAGGGGUAACUGUAUCAAGCACUACAGGGGUGGCAACAGUACCUCCACCUCCUGGUACUACACCUCCACCUCCCCCAGAUACAACAGAUAGCAGCAGUGGGUUGACUUCUACUACAACAACUACAAGCACAAUUACUCCAGUGGUUGCCAUUAUACCUCCACCCCCAGAUAUCCAACCUGUUAUUGAUAAGCUGGCUGAGUAUGUUGCUAGGAAUGGGAUAAAAUUUGAAACCAGUGUUCGUGCCAAGAAUGAUCUCAGAUUUGAGUUCCUGCAACCAUGGCACCAGUAUAAUGCUUAUUAUGAAUUUAAAAAGCAGUUCUUCCUUCAAAAGGAGAGCAGUGACAACUGUCAGGGAGCAUCUUCAUCUGAAGAUGUUCCAGCAGAUACUACUGGCGAUACACCGAGUGAGACUCAAUUCACAGAUGAACAUGCACCUGAAGAUGCAUCUGAGCCAAGUGCUAAGGGAGUUCCAGGAACUAAAAAGGAUAUUCCUCCUAAAACUGUCAGUGAUGGCAAACUGGUGAAAGCAUCAUUUGCUCCAAUAAGCUUUGCAAUCAAGGCCAAAGAAAACGACCUUCUUCCUUUGGAGAAAAAUCGUGUUAAAUUGGAUGAUGACAGUGAUGAGGAAGAAGAAGAAGGCAAGGAAGGCCAAGAGAAUCCUAAUAGCGCUUCAAAUCAUACUCCAGCUGUUACCACUCCUUGUACUACUACUGAAGAGAAAAAACCUCAACUUACGCAGGAGGAGUUGGAAGCUAAGCAAGCAAAGCAGAAACUAGAGGAUAGAUUAGCAGCUGCAGCAAGAGAGAAGCUUGCACAGGCCUCCAAAGAAUCAAAAGAAAAGCAGCUACAAGCAGAGCGCAAAAGGAAAGCUGCACUGUUCUUGCAGACCCUGAAAAACCCUCUGGCAGAGGCAGAAGCUGAGAAAAUUGAAGAGAAUUCCUUUAAUAAUGAGAGUGUCAAUAGUAUACCAUGUCCUGUGACUGCAGUCAGAAAUUUACCCAGCUUAGAAGUUAAACAAGCAGAAAGGCCUUCAAGCAAAAGCAGAGACCCUCCUAGGGAUGAAGAAAAAGAAAAGAAAAGAAAAAAACACAAGAAAAGAUCUCGGACAAGAUCUCGAUCACCGUUCAAGUAUCAUUCAUCAUCAAAGACCAGAUCUAGAUCACAUUCAAAAGCAAAGCACUCACUUCCCACUGCUUAUAGAACUGUCAGGCAUUCAAGACUCACAGCAUCCACAGGGACACUGAGCAUGGAGCCGAGUCUGAGCAACUCAUCAAUGGCAGCAGCAACAGAGCGGGAAAAUUAUCAGGCAACUUCGACCACGAAAAGAUUUGACUGCUGGAGCUCUUUAGAGGGAAAUCCUGGUAAAAUGUCAAGGUCACGCUCAAGGUCACCUAGAAGAAGGGCUCACACACCAGAAAGGCGGAGAGAUGACAGAAGUGUUCCAACAGCUUACCGCAUUAGUAACAGUCCUGGAAAUAGCAGGAAACGCCCACGUUCCAAAAGUCCCCAUGAAAAGAAGAAGAAGAGGCGGUCUAGAUCACGUACCAAGUCCAAACCUAGGUCUCCUUCACCAUCCAUGUCACCAGGCAAACCAUCCACACACAAAAACUCUGUACAUUCAGCUAGUGUCUCUCCUGUGGAGAGCAGGGAAUCCAGUCAGGAACGCUCCAGGGGAGUUUCUCAGGAAAAAGAUGGCCAAAUCUCUUCAGCAAUCGUGUCUUCAGUGCAGAGUAAAAUCACUCAGGAUCUAAUGGCCAAAGUGAGAGCAAUGCUUGCAGCUUCCAAAAACAUACACACGAGUGCCUCCUGAGACCUGUUGAACUGACCAUCAAGCAACUGUAUGAAAAGAACAACAAAAAAACUGCCUCAUCUCAAAUGUUCAGCUGGGCUUGGCUCACUCGUUUCACAGCUCUUCUAAUACUCCCAGAACUUGAGGAGCUAAAACCUGUCUUUGUGUACAGAAGCAUCUCCUUGAAGUUCCAUUAAACUUUUACAGCCAGAGUAUCUUUGGAAAGUUUUUGGGUUUUGUAAAUUGAUUUUUUUGACUAAUUCUUCAGUAACAUUUUAUGAUCAGCAGUCUAUAUGUGUAUAUUUGUAAAUACCAUGUUUCUGUGAAAGUAUUACACAAUA